ACAGGGCUUCAUAAAAGAUCAAGUCUAUGGUGUGAUAUGGAAACGAUAACAAUAGAUGAAUAAAUGUAUGUUUUUUUAAACUUCAAGAUCGGAUUACAAAUUGUGACAUGCAUCAAACCCAUCGCACUUGGUUGUACGAAUGCUCUUGUUUUUCCUCCCCAAGUUGUUUUGUCAACAAAAUGUGCUCUAAUUUUGACUUACAGAAACAUUUCACGAACCCCAUUGGAUGAACCUGCCAACCCACUGCGGGUUUACCCACCCCAGUUAUAAAACCUCCGACCUAGACCGUCAACAAGCGCCAUGCUGAACUACUCAAUCACGAUCACAUGAGUUGUCAGUACAGACUCCUGCACUUCCAAUCUGAGGACAAAAUUCUGGACUCAGAAGUUCUAGGAUGUUCGAGGCUUUCGAAUAUCCAAAGCUUCUGAAAGCUCUAGCCAAAUGGUCUGGGACUUGUCUGAAUGUCAGACUGAAGACUGUCAAAACAGCUUUUUGUUGGUGAAUUAUGGGAAGGAGACCACACAUUAGAGAAUAGAAAGGGGUUGCAAGGACUCUCACAGUGUCUCUCAAAGAACUUGGCAUUGAUAUGACAAUAAGACAGAAUUUUUAACGUUUUGAAAGACAUAAUUUUGUCCAAAGUACAGAUGCAGAAAUGAAAUUGGUAUUGCACUUCCCAGGAGAGAAGCUUCAACAUGAACAAAUGUUCAGUUUUAGACAAUUUGAAGACAUCAAAUUCACAAGACCCUCGUGACUGCAUCUGCCAAUUCUCCCGACGAGGUUUUUUUUACAAAAGGAUGCAAAUGAGCAGUUUGAGUGGAGACAAAAAAGAUUUGAUCAUACUUGCGUCUUCUCAGCAUUGACUCUGCAUCUGGGGGAAGCAGCACAGCGACCUAAACAAAAACUCCAGAUAGAGCGGAAGAGGACACGGUUCGUGGAGUACCAAAUAGACAGCAGAAUCGUGUACGGAGAGGCAUUUAAGUUCCUUCUAGGGUUAAUUUUAAAAAAAAAGUUUUACUUUUAUUUUUGGCAAUGAGUUUUAUUAUAAUGUGGAAAUGUAUAGACACACUAACAUUUUAGCUUCCUCUGAGCUGGCGGUUGGUGGGCGCUCUAGUGUGAUUUGCUUCUUCUGUCACUCUACUUUCGUCCUUUGCUACCUGUCUUAUUUUCUCAUGCAGUUCAGGGCACUUAUUCCUACUGUGCUGCAAGUGCUGUUACUAUAAAUCGUGAAGCAAAACAGUUACCACACCCUCCCUAAAAGUGUCUUUGAUAAAUUACUGCAUCAUGCAUGUAAUAAAUUUGGAGAAAAAAAAAUAAUGUACCAUUUACAUGAUAUCCUUAGCAGUAGCAGUUGAACCACUGACUAAUUUUAAUGUCUCUUUGAUAAAGAGCGAGCUACUUUUGUGUGCCCUUAUAAUUCCAAUGUUUCUGCUUUCUUUUUAACAGGGUAAGCACUGAUAAACUCACUGCUUUGAAACGCCAUUUUCUGGCACAUGGGAGAGAGCCUCGCACAAAGACAAGGGGAGGACGCACAAAGCUGGCCUUCACUGCGGAAAACACCUCAAGGGCCCUCAAGUUUCUCCACACCUGUGCUGAGCAGCAUGCCCUUGGCCUACCAGGGAGGAUGCCAGGAUUCAAAAACUGGAAUGUCCAUCUCCUUCCCUCCUCCAUGACCCACAAGAGUGUUUGAGAAGAAUAUUAUAAUGACACCAAACAAGCUGAUUCUAAAUUGGAGGACCUGGAAAUUCAGUGUGGCCUCCUCCAGCUGGUUCAGGCUGGGCGUGCCAAGUACCGGGAAGAGGUGGCAAAGGCCAAGGCUGUUGUCUCCCAGCAUGUCCUACAAGGUCAACUACCUCAUUGACGAGGGUGUGUUGGUAGGCAAGGGAAGCAACACAGUGAUCUCACUCCUCCAUCACUUCUUCGAGACUCAUGGGCUUGGGGAGUCAGCAGUAUCACUACAUUGUGACAAGUGCUCAGGACAAAAUAAAAGUGGGUUUGUUCUGACGUACUUAAGACGGAGGGUUCUGAGGGGCCUUCACAAAGAAAUCAUCCUGAACUUCAUGAUUGCUGGCCACACCAAGUUCUCGCCAGAUCUGUGCUUUGGCCUCCUCAAGAGGAAGUUCCAGCGGGCUGAGGUUCAUUGUCUGGAGGGUAUGUGCAGAGUGGUGGAGGAAAGUUCAUCGGUCAAUGUGCCUCAACUGGCUGAAACUGAGGAUGGGACUGUCUCUGUACUGACGUACAACUGGCAGACCUUCGUGGCCGACUUUCGUACUGUGCCAGGCAUGAAAAAAAUACAUUAUUUUUGUUUUGCUGCUGACCAUCCUGGUGUAGUCAAACAUGCUGAAAGCUUUGGGGAUCCUCUUGUUUCAAUGACACUCUUACGAGGAACAAUGAAACAAGGUUUCCUCUCCAUAUUGCCUGCACCAGGACUGUCACAGCAGAGAAGGGAGUAUCUGUAUAACUCCAUUAGGGAAUUUGUUACUGAUGAUAAGAAGGACAUCACCUGUCCACCUCCAUAAUCAUUUAUUGCAUGUUAAAAUUUUUGUUGAUUGUAUUGUACCAACAGUAACUGUAAUGAUUAGCUUUUAUGUGUGUGGCCAUGUGUGUAUGUGUGUGUUUGUUCGUAAGUUUCUUUGGUUUGAGUUUCUCAUCUUUGUAAGCGUUUUACUGCGCUCGCAACUGCAUAAGAUCAUAUUAGCGCGUGGGACUCAUUAAAAAUUUUCAGUU